AGGCAGAUCAAAAUUAGAUCAACGUUUCCAUGGUCCGUUUAGAAUAAUGCACAAAUUUAAUGACGUCAAAUAUAUUGUUGAACAUGAAGAAGAACAUUAUGAACAAGAACACCACAGCAACAACAUGUUACCAUAUUAUGAACGAUGUUAG